CCUAUAGGAAUACAUAUACAUAUAAGUAUUCUCGGUGAUUUCAGGAAUUCAAGAUAUAUAUAAUAUUUUUAUUUUCUUCUUUUUAAAUUUAUUUUCUUACAACUAGAUUAUUGGCGUUUGGGAAUCGAAGAUCGAAGAUCGAAGAUGAAAAAGGGAGCUAAAAAGGAGAAAAAUAUGAAGGUGAAGCUGAACCAGAAGAGCUCCCCAGAAAUGGUGAAACAACAGUCCAACACUAGUCCAGGGUUAGGGAAGCAGUGGCCGUUUUCGUAUGUUGUUUCUCCGCAACCGGAGUUAUCGCUUUCCACAGCCGCUCCGCCAAAGAAUCUCGUAUUUCAGGACUUCUUAGGGGGAACACUCCCUAGACAUGACCAUGAUACUCCUAGCAGCUCAAACCAACAGGCUACAGCCUCAAUGACCAUCUUCUACUCCGGUGGGGUUCAUUUUUUUAACGAUAUCUCCCCAGAAAAGGCUGAAUUGAUCAUGAAGAUGGCUAAUCAAUCCAAGACUACCGAGGCAAUGAAUGAAACUAUAAAUGCUCUAACUGACACAGAAAUUCUAAGUCCAAAUAUGCAAAUUCCGCCGCAAAAUCUCGCUCCUUCUCCUUCUCCUCCUCCUCCCGACAACUUUUUCGAAUUUUAUGGUAAAGGAGCUUUGGCUAUGGCUCGCAAAGCAACCUUGGCUAGAUUCUUGGAGAAGCGCAAACACAGAUUGAUCUAUGCCGCGAGUCCAUAUAGCCACCCUGUAGGCAAAUCAUCCAACAACUCCCCACAAGCACCCAAGAAUGCAUUGGAGUUCAAUUUUAUGCUUCCAGAGGAAGAGGAAACUUCAUCAUCAGCUGUCGAUCUGGAAAGCCGAUGUAGUACAAGUAUUUUGUAAUUUAUUUUCUUAAUAUUUCCGAAGAUAAUAUAAUACAAUAUAAUCUUAUUAGUGGAGAUCAUACUAUUUUAGUAUUACAAUACGCUGUAUUUGUUGUUAGUUUUCAUAAUUUUGUAUUGUGUAUUGUAUAAACAACCAUUUAAUCAUCGGAUAUAUAAUUAAAGAUUUUACUUUA